CAGGGAGGAGGAGGAAGAGGGGAGGAUCUUGUCUUGACUUUUACUGCGGAGAAAUUUGAAGCGUUUUGGAGGAGGAGCUGAGGAGACGGGAGGAAAAGGAAAGGUGAGUAAACGAAAGAAAACACCGACGUGAGAACUUGUUAUGGAUGAACAGCAGAGAUCGUGCAGAGAACCCAGAACCUACCAAUCAGAGAGCUCGUCAGAGCUGAGCUCGGCUCACACUCAGGCUAACCUGAAGCUCGGCGCCGCCGCUGCUGCGCAACAUUCUCAGUAACGACUCAGGCCUAACGCCUGUAAUUACACUGUAAUUACCUACACAUACUCAAAGGUCAUGAGGCUGUACAGCAAACAGAAAAGUAAUUGUACUGAAAGUACAUUAAAGUACUGCAGUACUGGCAGUAGCUGCCCGAAAUCUGGAGUGGAUCAACCUUUAACCUUUAGCAUCAUGCACAUCAAAGCAAGUGCGGAUAUAAAUAUAAUCCACUCCAUAAUAAUCCAUAACACACGUCACAGCGUACGCAGAUGUGGAAAUACUCGACUAAAUACACUGAAAGUAUCUGUAUGUAAAUAUAACAGAUUACACUGAAACCUUUAGUUACAGGGGAACUACGUCCUCACAGGCUGCAUUAAAGUGUUCCCAGCUUCAGUGACCUUUAAAAACACCUGACACUGAUGAAGGAGAGCAGGGAGGUGAGGAAGACUAGGAUGUAACGUCCUGUGUUAAACAGGCUUUUAGCCGAGCUCAGCCCGAGUUCAGAGAGAACCCACAGAUGUUAGGAGCAUGCACCACAGAGCGAGGAAGAGGACGACGCAGGAGCCGCUGUCUGUGACGACUCAUCACAUUUUGCACUUGUUGGAUCACAAACGUUUCAGUGCCGACCUUCUUACUGUUUAUAAAUGUGGGCGGAGCCUAAACGAUGUCAGUAUGUGACGGUUAAAAAACCCGACGCACCCCUCUGUGUCAGUGUGAGGAAGUGUAAGUGCACGUUCAACCCCGGACAAGUCCUGAUGUAAGACGUUUCCACAGCACGUCUCUGUUUCUGUGGACAAGGAGUCCAUGCCGUCCUGCAGCCAUCACACACAAAGAUGUGCUGAACAGCUGGAGGACACUGUGGUGCUGCUCAUCGUGGACACAGACGUGGACACACGUUCCUGCUCUCAGCGACGGUCCGUGUUACUCACACGGAGGAUCUCAGACUUAUCCAGCAUGCAGAGCUCGGUGACCGUGUGCCUCCUCCUCCUCGUCUUUCCCGUCAACGCACACGUCGUGGAAAACUUUGAGAUGUGCAUGGAAUACUUUUACAAGGGGCAUGUGCCAGAAUGGACUCCCAAUGAUCACGUCCACAUCUGCCAGAUGUUUAAUAACAGAUACCACUUUGCCACCCUGUACGACACCACCAACCGCAUUCCCGUCUACUCUGCUUAUGUAGUUGAGGAUGGCAAAAGCUCCGAUCACAGAUGGAUGGUGGAGCCUCAGCUGGUAAAACAGGAGUUUGAAGAGGCGAACAUGAUGACAGAGAAUUCACUGAUUUACAAACAUCGUACACUAGACCCUAAGGACAUAGGAACGAGGCAGGCAACAGAUGACGACUACAAUAAACGUCCUGAUGGAUACAGCCGAGGUCACCUCAACCCCAACUCGCACCAUGCAGGUGAUGCUUCCAAAGCCACUAUGACCCUGACUAAUAUAGUUCCUCAAAAACAAUCACUGAACGAAAAGAAGUGGAAAGAUCAUGAGGAUACACUCAAAGGUUGGGCCAAAGAUAACAAAGAGAACGUCUACGUUCUGGUCGGUGCGAUUCCAUCCAAAGGAAACUGGAUCAAAAGAGAUAACCAGCCAGGUGUCAACAUCCCUGACUACAUGUGGGUCGCCCACUGCUACUAUAACAAGACAUCACAGUCUUAUGAGAGUGGAGGUGCCACAGCUAAGAAUGUUGAGAACAAGAUCUACAAGUGCACCCUGUCACAGCUUCAAGCCUUUCUUCAACAACACAACCAAGUAGCUGCAGGUCAGCUGUUUCACAACGACUGCUAUGUGGAGCAGGCUGCAGGUGCGUCUGCGGCAGCAGAAAAUCCUUGUGACAUAUAAUCCAGAAAUACUCACGAGAUCACUGAUCUCUGCAGAGUCACGCAGCUCAUCCUUUCCUCAGCACUGCACACAUGAACUCAUGUAAACAGUUACUGUGAUCUUAACUGUGUCGCACAAAUGUCAGCAUGUUUAUGGUGCAGGUGAACACAUGCUGUCAUGCUUACAGGCGGCUUUACUCUGAGAGCAGCUUCACUGCAGCUUGUUGCUUAUUAAAAUCUGAUGAAAUGCUCAGUGUCGCGUGUUGGUGUGUUCAGUCAAAAUCAGCAAGUGUGACAAACUUCACUGAGCCGAUGGAGGCUCUGACCUCAGAGUGCAGACGCCUGAUGUUUCUCAGCUGGAACAAACACAUUUAAAC